AUUGACGUCAGAGUGUGCGAUGAAAAUUGAAGACUCCGAGAAGUUGAAGAGUUUAAGUGGGUGGGGAAAUUAAAAGAUAACGGUAACAAUGCGUCCCUCCUCUGUUUACUAAGCCGUUUUAACUACGAUGAAAGCCGCUUUCCGUGUAUAAAGGCAGACGAGGCUCAUGUAAUCCUGCUAACACUAAAGAAACCCGGGUUUUGAACACUUUUCUUAGCUACCGUAUUUAAAGAGACAGCGCCGGGGCUUUCGAAAAGCAUCAUGGCGGACUCCAGCACCAAUGGCCUCACAUCUCUCGCCCGGGCUUUGUCACAACCAUCUCUGGAUCUGAUAGAAGUGAAUGAUGUUUCCCCUCCACGAAGUCUUCAGCUUCAUCCAGGACGAAGGAGAAAGUUGUCCAGUUGCAACUCGAUUGAGAACGCCGACCUGAUAACCUCACCCUGCGCCGCGGAGGCGCGGGUCCUCGUUAUCAAUACUGGAGGAACUAUCGGCAUGACUCUUCAUGACGACGUUCUUGCCCCACAAGCCAAUGCUUUUGUGAAGAGCCUGCGUAAGCUGCCCAUCGUCCAUGAUGAGACGUAUGCUCAGCAGACCCGCAUGUAUGAGUACUAUGGAUCUGACACCUUGGUCCUGCCGAAGCCAGCGCCCCAUCCCGACCUGCAGUUUCACGGACUGAGUAAACAAAAUAAGAGGAUAGUCUACACUAUCUUGGAGUAUAAUCCUUUAUUGGACUCUUCCAAUAUGACCACAGAUGACUGGGGUAGAAUUGGAAAGGACAUUGAGAGAAACUAUGAAAGCUACGAUGGUUUUGUGAUUCUUCAUGGCACAGACACUAUGGCUUACACAGCCUCUGCCCUGUCCUUUAUGUGUGAGCAUUUGGGCAAACCGAUCAUUCUCACAGGCUCACAGGUACCCAUCUAUGAGAUGAGGAAUGAUGGCAGAGACAAUCUACUUGGGGCAUUGCUAAUUGCUGGACAAUUUGUCAUUCCUGAGGUGUGCCUGUAUUUCUACAACAAACUGUACAGAGGGAAUCGAGUGACCAAAGUGGAUGCUGGGAGUUUCAACGCGUUCUCAUCUCCUAACUUGCCCCCCUUGGCCACUGCUGAAGUGGAUAUUGCAAUCAACUGGGAUACAGUGUGGAGGGCAAACACCACAGCAAAGUUUCAAGUCAAGACUGAGCUGAACCGCAACGUAGGCCUGCUUAGGCUAUUCCCAGGAAUCACUGCGUCUACUGUAAAGGCUUUCCUGCAGCCACCCAUGGAAGGAGUGGUCCUGGAAACCUACGGCAGCGGAAAUGCCCCCGAUAACCGCCCUGACCUCCUGGAACAGUUAAAGAAAGCCACUGAUGCCGGUGUCAUCAUCAUCAACUGCACGCAGUGUCUGAGGGGGUCGGUGUCUACAUCCUACGCCACUGGCAAGGUCUUGAUAGAAGCCGGCCUGAUAGCUGGAGGUGACAUGACUCCAGAGGCUGCGCUGUCAAAACUGUCCUACGUAUUGGCCAAGAAGGAGCUUGAUCUGGAGGCGAAGAAAAAGAUGAUGGCAGAGAACUUGCGAGGUGAAAUGAUCGCUGACUUGGCAGGAGCCAAACUGUGCCUGAGUGACAGCCGUUUCAUCCAAGUCAUUGCCAAGUCUCUAAGCGUCAGCUGCAAAGAGGAGCUGGAAGCCAUCCGAGAUGCUCUGACUCCCACGCUGGCAUGCGCCGCUGCUAAGAUUGGUGACAUUGAGGCCUUAAAAGCUCUAAAAGAAAUGGGCAGUAACUUAUGUCUGGGGGACUACGAUGGACGCACACCCCUUCAUGUUGCUGCCUGUGAGGGCCACCUCAAAAUGGUGCAGUACCUACUGAGUCAUGGAGCUUCAGUCCACGCUAAAGAUCGCUAUGGCGACACACCCCUAUGCAAUGCUGUGCGUUUCAGACGCAAGGAAGUUGUGAAGCUGCUGAGAAAGACCGGAGCCCAUUUCUCCAGACAUGAGUUGGAGGAAGCAGGAACUGAAAUGUGCAGCCUGGCAGCCAAUGGUGACAUGGAUGGUCUGGAAAUCUGGAGCCUUGCCGGAGCAGACUUAAAUCAACCAGGCUAUGACGGGCAGACUGCAAUUCAAGUGGCCCAAGCUAUCGGCAAAAAGGAUGUGGUAGCAUUUUUGCUCCGACUCAUGAGCAAAAAAUCAAAGAAAGUAUUGGGUGAAUUUAAUGAUGAUGAUGAUGAGGAUGAUGAGGAGGAGAGCGGAGUGAUCCAAUUCAAGGCUACCCCACCGGCACUGUGAGCUGACGCUACCUGAACCAACAAGAACUGUCCUCUGUUGGCAUCCAUUUAACUGCCGAGGCGUUCUCUGCACAAUGUCCGGCUAAUUUUCACAAAAUUGCUCUCUUCUUGAAUGUCAUCUGAUUGCAUGUGUUCUUCAAAGCCAUCGCUGCUGCAGUCUUCCUCUCCAAAAAUAUUAAUAACACAAAAGAUUGUGUAACCGCUGAGGGCAUGGUGCCCAGAGAAAAUAAGUGGAUGUAUGUACAUGAAGUUGUUGCAGACUUGUCUGUGUAUAAGGAAACUGGUUACAGUGCUGAUUGUUUUAAUGAAAUGUUUUAUUUCUAUGUAUGUAGUAAAUAUGAUGUCCGAUCAGGGAAUUAUGCCAUUUGAGCAGAACCUAUAUAUACACACGAACAUUACAAUAUAAAGUAGUAUUUUCUCCUUAUGUAGCAAUAUAUGUGUCAUAGCAUAAUAUCUGGAUGUACAGGGUACAUUCACAGAUUUUUAUGCUGUUUCUUUUAUAGUGACAUGCUGCAAAGUCUCAGUUCAAAUGAUUCUGGGGAUUUUAUUUUAUUUUAUUUUAUCUUGGAUGGUGUCCAAUUGUACUACCCAUGCAUUUCAGCCAAAGUAUACCUCUGCUCCCAGAGCUUUUCAUUUCCUCCUGCUACAACAGGUAUUUCAGAAACCUGCAGUUUACCUUUGCAACUCAUCCAGCGUGUUUCUUGUUCCGAUUGUUGAGCCUGAAGUGUCACAUAUCUCUUUCUUUAAGAUGGAAAGGGGAAAUCCAGAGUAUUGUGUGAGACAUAAAUGCUUUAAAGUGUCACGGUUUCUGUUUUCCUUAAUGUGUUUUAAAUGUCUUUUCGCAUUCUUUACAUUUGUGAUCACAAAUGAAUAACAUUUACUUAUUCGUUACUUUAGUUAAACAUGAGGAAAUGUUAAACAUUGCUACUCCUGUUUGGUAUUAACUUUACUGAAAACCAAUCUGGGUAAAAGUCGUUCACAUGUAAAUGCUUUGUGAUUACGUGUGUGUGCA